AUGGAUUUCAAUGGUCAGCAUUUUGAGUUUCUACUUUUCGGGGCAGGAAGAAGAAUUUGCCCUGGACUUCCUAUGGCUACCAGGCAAGUUCAUUUAGUUGUAGCCACUUUGAUAGAUAGCUUUGAUUGGUCUCUUCCAAAUGGUGAGGAUCCUGCAAAGUUAGACAUGAAUGAAAAGUUUGGUGAAGGAGCUGAAGAAGACAUUGAGAACAUUAACAAUGAAGAUGACGCAGGGGAGCCAGUUGAAGCUGAGGAUAAAGAGGAACAGCCAACAGUGGAACGGCCUCGUAAAACAUCGAAAUUUAUGACAAAAUAUGAGCGUGCUAGAAUUUUGGGAACUCGUGCUCUUCAGAUCAGCAUGAAUGCUCCCGUGAUGGUUGAGUUGGAGGGUGAGACUGACCCGCUCGAGAUUGCUAUGAAGGAGCUUCGUGAGCGAAAAAUACCUUUCACCAUCCGUCGCUACCUGCCUGAUGGAAGUUACGAAGACUGGGGAGUUGAUGAACUAAUCGUGGAAGACUCAUGGAAGAGGCAAGUGGGAGGUGAUUGA